AUGGAUUUGCAGAUCUUAAUAGUGGCUUUCUCCGAACCUUCGGGAGACCAGAGGCGAGAUCUAACCGAAGCGGCCUGGUUUGGCCAUGUGGCCAAGGUUGAAGCUCUGCUGCAGCUCCCCAUGGAUCCGAACCCGGAUGCAGCAAGAGAUGCGGGUGGCAGCACGCCACUGCUGAGGGCGUCUCGAAAUGGCCACGAGCAAGUCGCACGCUUGCUCCUGGAGGCCGGUGCUGAGAAGGAUGCGAGUGACAGUGACGGCUGUACAGCGCUGAUGCAUGCAGCGUCGAUCGGUUGUGAGCCAGUCGUGCAGCUGCUCCUGGAGGCAGGUGCAGAGAAGGAUCAGUGCGAUUCGGAGGGCCGGACUGCACUGAUAGCUGCCGCAGCAUACGGUCAUGUUUCAGUCGUGCGGUUGCUCCUUGACGCGGGGGCUGAAGCGGACACGUGCGACCUUUCCGGCAAUACGGCACUGAUACUUGCCGCGACCCGCGGUUGCACUCCAGUCGUGCGGUUGCUGGUGGAGGCCGGCGCUACCUGA